AUGAUUGAAGAAGAAGAUGUUAUUAAUACUUCAUAAUUCAACAAAAUCAGUUAAAUUUCCAAUAUGGGAGGUAAAUUGUCUAAAUUAUAGCUACAAUAAAUGAAUCUUGAGAAAAUCAUUAAUUAAUGUAUUAACUUGGUUAAAGAGGGAACUUCAUUUAGAGAAUGUACAAAUUAUUUACAUGGAUUGGCAAUGGUUUAUUUAAAAUAAUAUUAACUCUUAAGAUAAGAAAUCAUCAAUUUAUAGACUUCAAUGAUGAAUAAGGAAAACUUUGUUGAAGUCGAAAAAAAAGAUGCCCGCUCAAAAAAUAAAUAAACAAAGCCAAAGUUAAACUAAUAAAAAGAAGCAAUCACUGAAUUAUAAGAACAUUCAAACAGUUCAAGAGAUAACCCAAGAAAUAUAGCAAGUGCUGAACGAUUAUAAUUGGAUUCUUAAAAAAAUCCAUUUGAUAUUAAUCUAUAUUUAAGAAAGGAAGACACUGAUAGUUCAAAUGGUUUUGGAACUGCGAAUUUUAUUCUUAAAGAUGUAUAAUCUAUUGAAAAACAAUCCUUAAAAGAGAUUCUAAAUAAUAGAAGAAAUUAAAAAGAGAAUUCUCAAGUCUCUUCUAAAGAUACUCCAUUAUUACCAUAAAUUAUUGUAAAUGAUGCAGAUAAUGAGAUAGAAGAAGAACAUUUUUAAUUUUAAAAUUCAGAUGAAGAAGAUCAAAUUAUGGAUACAAGAGUUGAAGUCAAACAUGGAAAUAUUAUGAAAGCUUUGGAGGAAUUUGGAAUCAGUUUUGAUUAAAACUAAUAAGCAAUAAAUCAAACUAAUUUUAAUGAUAAGAGUAAAAGAAAUACAAAAAAAUAAUAAAAUACACUUUCUAAAUAAUUAGAUCUACAAGAUAAGGAUAGAGUUCUUCAUGAAAGUUAUUAAAGAAAUUUAGAAGAGUUUAUUAAAUAUUAAGAUUAGAUUGAUGAUCUAUAAAUGAAAAUGGAACUCAUGAAUCUUUAACCUGAAUUUUGGUCUAAACAAGAUGAUUUAAUUCAUAUGAUUAAUCAAUAUGAGAUACCACUUAAUUAAACUAUUAUUAACAAGUAUUAAUUAUUAUUUUAUUUAGUAAAAACUUACCUAUCUCUUCUUUUUCUAAAAUUUAAGGAAUGACUACUAUUGAUAAUUCUAAUAAUUAGUUUUAAGAAAUUAAUAGUUUUGAUUAUUAAGCAGAAAUAUCUGAAUUUGAACCUAUUAAUUCACAUAGAUACUCAAAGGAUAUCAAUAUUGAAACCAUUGAGUAUCAAUUAUAUAAAAGAUUGAUUUAAGAUUUAAGGAACGAAUUUACAAAAGACAAAGUUAUUAGUUCAAUAAAUGUUAAUUUUUAAUUUUAUAUUUAGUAUUUUAAAUUUAGAUAAGAAGAAAAUAAAGCCAAGAGCUUUUAUGACUUAUUGUUGAUGAGUCGCCUAGGAUUCUGUUAAAUUAAAAAGGAACAGUAAAUUGGAAGAUUUACAAACAUGUCAAUAGAAAUAUGA